AUGGCUUCUAAUACAAACAUGAUGGAUGACAAUACUAACAAUGAUACUAAGGAUGAUUCAAAUGAUGAUUGUGUGGAGGUAAAGAAGGAGGGAGAAGACAAUCAGAAAAUGAAAGGAACCCAUGGAAUUAAGAGAGCAAAAUGCAGAUGGUGUGAUGAGGUGAAGAAGUAUGACAGUAGAUAUGGGACCGGGAACUUACAACGACAUAUAAAUAAAUGUUAUAGGCCGGAUAAGCUUAUUGUAGGUCAAAUGUUAUUGGGGAAGGAUAAAGAUUCUUUGAUGUUGAAGUCCUCAAAAUUCAGCAAAGAUAUAUUUCGUGAGAAGUUAGUAAGAGCAAUUAUCAUGCACAACUUACCAUUAUCAUUUGUGGACUAUAGUGGUAUUAAAGAAUUGUUUGAAUAUGUGUCGGAAGAUUUGAAUUUAAUAUGUCGAAACACUGUGAGAUCUGAUAUUGUGAAUAUGCACAAGAAAGAAACGAACAAGUUAAAAUCGUUUCUAAAGGAAGCACCGGGCCGUAUUUGCUUAACUUCUGAUUUGUGGAUUUCUAUUACUACUGAUGGGUACAUUAGCCUUACAGCUCAUUUCAUUUAUGAAAAUUGGAUUUUGCAGAAAAGAUUGUUGAAUUUUUCUGAUAUGCCACCUCCCCACAAUGGAAUUUCAUUGAGUGAAAAAGUUUACUCUAUGCUUGCGGAUUGGGGAAUAGAAGGUAAGUUGUUUUCCAUAACAUUAGACAAUGCUUCCGUGAAUGACACUUUUGUUAAUAUCUUGAAGUUGCAAUUGAAUGUUAGGAAAGCACUUAUUAAAGAUGGUCAAUUUUUUCAUAUAAUAUGUUGUGCUCACAUUCUAAAUUUGAUAGUUCAAGAUGGGUUGAAAGAGAUUGAUGGUUGUGUUUCUAAAGUAAGAGAAAGUGUGAAGUAUGUCAAAGCAUCUCAAGCUCGCAAACGACAAUUUGUGGAUUGUGUGAAGUUAGUUAGUUUGGAUCCAAAACGGGGGUUAAGACAAGAUGUUCCAACAAGUAAUUCUGCAAUGAGAAACAAUAAUGGCUCAACUUUGAAUAAUGUGAAUGAGUCUAACGAAAGCUUGGAUGAAAUUGGUAGCGGUAUAAAUGUCAAUGAAGCUUGGAAGGAGUUCGACUCGUUUGAUUACGAGUAUGUUGUUUCAACUAAAAAGUCCGAACUUGACUUAUAUUUGGAGGAGCCCCGGAUGCCAAGAACAACAGAGAUAAAUAUUUUGGAAUAUUGGAGAGGACAUCAUGUUCGAUAUCCCGAUCUUACCGCUAUGGCACGAAAUAUAUUGACUAUUCCCGUUUCCACUGUAGCUUCCGAGUCUGCAUUUAGUGUUGGAGGUAAAGUUCUUGAUCAAUAUCGAAGCUCCCUCAAAUCCGAUGUUACGGAAGCAAUUAUUUGUACCAAAGAUUGGUUAUUCGGAGAAGCUAAUUAUAAUGUUGGUGAUGUGGUGAAUGAAGUUGUCAGUUUGGAUGUCAAUGAGGAGCCUAAUUCGGUUAAAAGUUCAACCUCUUACACGGUUGAUAGUUAG